UUUAGUGCUUACUAUUCAGAAGUAUCUGUAUUCUAUACUUAAUGUGCGUAAUUGUUUAACGUUUUCUUUUUAAAAUAUGAAUGACAAUAGAUAAUUUUAUAUGCUAAUUAUUAUAAAAGUUAUUUAUUAUUUAAAGAAUUAUACAUAUUCAUAAAAACUCAUAAUGAAUUGAAUUUUAUAAUUAUGAGACAAGUUAUUUAAAUGUCAAUAAUUAAAGAAUGGAUGUUACGGAUAAUGCUGAUGGAUCUUUAGAUCCUCGCAUACAGAUUGAGUUGGAAAAUUUAAAUGAUGCAACAGAUGAUAUAAAUAAACUUGAAACUGAAUUAGAUGAAGCUCAUACUGCUUUUAGACAAUUAUUAUCUGAAACUACUAAAAGAUUAAAAGAAAUAUUAAAUAAGGUAGGAAAUAGUUAUGUUGAAAAAGCAAGAUGUUAUUAUGAAGCACUUGAAGUAGCACGUCAAGCUCAGAUAAAAUGUCAACAACAAGCUCAACUAUUUCAAAGAGCAAGUGAAAUUCAUGCAGCAGCAAAAGAAACUGUAGCAUUAGCUGAAAGUAGAUUUAUGUCCCAUCAACAUGAAUGGAAUUUUGAUCAAGCUUGGCAGGAUAUGUUAAAUCAUGCAACUCUUAAAGUUAUGGAUGCUGAAAAUCAAAAAGCAGAAUGUGGUAGAGAACAUUAUAGAAGAGCAGUAUUAUUUAAUGAUGCUGAAAAAAAACUACUUCAAUUAGAAGAAAAACAUCAUCGCUCCAUAAUAAAAGCACGACCAUAUUUUGAAGUUAAAGCACAAUGCGAUCAGAUGUUAGCAACUCAAAAAGAACGAGUUGAAUGUUUACAAAAAGCAAUACAAGAUGCAAAAUCUAAUUAUGCCACAAGUCUCCGUAGAUUAGAAGAAAUUAGUAAUCAAAUACAUCAACAGCGCCAGGAUUAUGAUUUUAUAGCUAAUGGACCGCGAGAACCAGGUGUUGGUGCGGAAUUAGUUAGUCCACAAAAGACUUCAAAUUAUGACAUAGAAUUUAAUCAAUCAAAUAGCAAUAGAAUAAAAGAUAUUAUGAAUAAUCAAAUGAAGAAAUAUAGUAGAAUACAAGAUUAUGAUAAUUCUUGUCAAUUACAAGAAGAUAUAGAAUAUCUUGGAAAAAGAUCAGUUGAUGGAAGUGAAGCAAUAUCUUCUCAAUGGGAGUUAGAGCUAGAAGCUAAUUUAGAAAAUUUGAAUAAUUUAUCUCUUAAGAAUUCUGUACUUGAUCAUGAUAGUAAAAAUGAAAGUACCAAUUUACAUUUUUAUAAUGAAGAGAAUUCAAAAUCAAAUAAGUUUUUAGAAAAAUUAAAUUAUAAAUUUUCUCAAGAUAAAGAUCAUUCUAUUCAAAAUUUAAAGCAACCGAAAAAUCUGUUUAAGGAUUUUAAAACUUUGAAAAAUCCAUUUGUAAAUAAGUCUUUAAUGACAUAUUUUGAAGAACCAAGUAAGGAUACAUUAAACGAUUCAAAAUUAAAUAAACAUAAAACUAAUAUAAAAGAUAGUAAAUCAAAAUCAUUAAAUAGUAGCCCUAUGAAAAUAAAUAUAUUUAAUUUAAGCUCGAAAUUCAUGGAAAAGAACAUACAUCAGAGAAUAGCAAAAUAUGUGCCAAAUAAUGUUUUCAAUUUUGGUUUUAGUAAUAAUAAAUCUCAAAGUAAUAGCGAUCUUAAUCUAUCUUCGAAUCUUCAUACCAGUUUUAUAGAAAAAUAUCAAAGUUUUGAUAAUAUUAUAGAUAAUAAGACUGAAAAUUUCAAAGAUAAUGUUACGAAUUUAAAGUAUAUACAAUCGUUUGUAGUAAAAGAAGUCAAUGAUAAUGGCCUAAAUGUUGCAACAAAAUUGCAAAAUGCACAAUUAAUCAAUUCUAAUACCGUAAAUUUACAAUUAAAAACGGAUAUGAUAUCGAAAAAAAAAUGGUUUAGGUCUAAUUCUACACAAUUCUUACCUUCUAACAUUAGUUCAUCGCCAAUAAAAUCAGCUGUAUAUUUAUCAAAUGAACAAUCUUUAAAUACAAAUUUAUCUUAUUCUAGUAAAUAUUCUGUUUCAAAAUUAUCAGAAAAACAAUUAAUUAUUAAUGAAUUACCAUUAUUUAAAAAAGAUAAUUUAUUGAUCAAUAAUAAAAAUAAAAGUAUUAGUAUGAUUAAUCUAAGUGAAAAACAGAAUUUUGUAUCAUGGGAUGAUUUACAUUUAAAUAAUAUAAAAAGUUUUUAUUUAAGUUCAGAAAUGUUACCAAAUUUAAAAGAUAGUUCAUUUUCUAAAUUUAUAAGUUAAAGAUAUAAUCAAAUUAAAUAAAUGUGAUAUAUUAAAUAUUUCAUAAUUUUCUAAUAAGUUUAAACAUAAUUAAAAUAUAUUAUUUUUCACUUUAAUUUAUAUAAAAAUUAAUAAUAUCGAAUAAUCAUAUAAAUUUUAUUUGAUAAGUUAUAUGUGUAUAGGAUGUUCUUUUGGAAACAUCCAACAUCGAUAUCUCGAAAAUCAUGUAUUUUCGGGGAAAGGGUUGAAUUUUCAAGAUAUCUAUGUUGAAAGUUAUUCAAAUGAAUACCCAAUAAAGUAAGUAUAAAUAUAAAUUAUUUAUUAAA